CCACCACUUCCUUAAGCCAACAACCAGGAUUCGCGACAGCAGCGGUGUGGUCUCGCUGGAUGUUGACGGCACAGGACCACACAACAAACGCCUGCAAUAGCCACAUCCGAGCACGGCUAGCGAUAGCUCAGCAGCAACGGCAUGGCAACAUUAUGUACGACAGACGCAGAUGUCAGCAUCCUCACUCCGAACUACAUGACCUUGCUUCAGAGCCUGUGCACAAUCACCACGCCGAGCGUUAACGAUGUGACCGCUAUAUUCAAGGAAUUCCGUCGUUCUUUGGACGCCAGGAAGUCCAAGCAUUCUUCCGCAUCAACCUCAUCGUUGUCGUCUUCAUCCGGUACUUCCAAAAAACGGAGCGGCAGGUCCGCUGGCCGUGGGGGUGGCGAUAGCGAUGACGCCGCAGGCGGUGGAGAACGCGGUGGCGGUCGCAGCGAUGUCGGCUUCGAGCGUUCCUGCACGUGGGAACAAGACAAAAAGCGCUGUUGGAUCAUGUCCGACCUGGACCUGUGGAACCGCAUUCUCUCCCGAGACUGCAUCGAGCUGCGCGAGAACAAGUGGGGCGAGUUGACGCUCCAGGGCUACGAGUGGCCUGAGAACAACGUGGAACCCCGUGACAUGCUUUGCGCCUCGCUGCUCAUCCAUCUGCUGCUGCGGCAACACAGGUGCGUGACUUCUGUAUUCUUGGACAUGUCUAUAACCACGGUCGAAAGGCACGUCCUGUGGCACGUCCUGAAGACUGGCGGCGUCGGUAUCAAGUGUCUCACCUUCAAGCCCUUCUUCCUCAAUCUUCUCGGUCUGAUGACAUCGAUCGAGACGACGAUGUGGUCCGAGGCGGUGAGCGCCAUGACGAACCUCAAAAUACUCCACAUUUCCAGCAUUUACUUGUGUGCUGAAGUCGCGCGUACGCUCGGCGGCUACGUGGAGCAUGCCACUGCACUCCGUACACUCCUGAUAGUAGAAGUCGAGGCACCUGACACAGACGCUGCAGUGUUCCUGGACUUCCUGUCUCGCAACCGGACUGUGGAGGUUCUGUGCGUGGAGCUACCUUUCCUGAUAGCCCGGCAUGGCCAGGCCCUCGCAGACGUCGUCCGAAAUCACGUGACCCUAAACAGACUUGAAGUCACGGGAACAUUUGACUCGACUCCAUCGGCCCUGCUGAAAGCGGCUGUUGUGAGCCCAGCUUUGCGGUCCCUCAAGGUGCAGAGAUGCGCGCUUCGCGCCGAGGACGUCGAAGCCAUGGCCUCCGCUUUGACGCUACACAUGCCGUCUCGUGCGCGUGAAGGCGAGUGCUCGGCAGACAUGGCACCACCUCCACCGACUAGCCGACUCGAGGAGCUCAUCUUUCUCCAAUGCGCACCUUGUGACUCACGUCUGGAGGAAGCGUAUGCGGACCUCAUUGGAGGUGUUCUGCUUCAUCUGAAAGUGGCCAAAUGCUCCCUGGGAGAGCCGUUCGCAGUUGCCGCCGCAGCCAAUCUGCUCUUGGACAAGCGGUUGCAGAAGCUUGACUUAGAGGACAACGAGUUCCCCGUCAGCGCACUGUUCAGCAUAAUAGAUGUCCUGGAGGUAAACAAGACGUUGAAAGUGCUUGCCCUCAACACGCCCGGCACGCAACCCCCUGAGGAGGUCGCUGUCCUGUUUGAGCUGAUCCAGGAGAUCAAUGUAUUCUCGCGCCUAAAGUUCCACUGCGUGCGUCUUCGUGCAUCACACUUCGCCGCACUCGUCCGUGCUUCCAAGGCGGCCACUAUUUACCAGCACCUGGACGAGGUCGGUGUAGAGGACGCAGUGGAGUUCCUGGACGCCCUUGCUUCAGCUCGCAGCGUUGGCCUGACUUGGCUUGAAUGCACAACACUGGCGGACCAACUGGUGGUUCAGAAGCUGAUUGACACUCUCGCCAGGACCAAGUCCCUAAGGAAAGUACCGCUCAUUUAUUACAUCGGGGAGUGCUCGGAGCGCGCUACAAAUUUGUCGUUUAAUUAAGCGAAGCGCCGAUAAGGCAAUCGCUCAAGUUGAUUCAAGGACGUUGAUUGACCUGAGGAGAAAAUCGCUAAAUAAUCGGACAAUCCAGCUUACGUACACUAAAUGAAACAAAGCAGAAACUCAAGGCAGUGAAAGCACCUAGGUAUUGAGGUGUCUUCCAUUUCAAUUGGAAGACACCAUUAAAACAAAAUUAACAUUGAUGGAAGUGCUACAUACCUUUGAAGGUGUUGUGUGGCAUGUUUUGCAAAUUAUAUUCACUGGUGGAGUACAAAACAAUGCUUAUUGGUUCUAUGCUUUCUUCGCUUCAUUCUUGAUUUGCCACGUUUAGUUAUAACUUAGAGUGCUUAAAGCCCCGUGUUCUUU